UCGCCGCGCCUGGAUGCGCCCCCCGCCACCGCGCCCGCGGCUCCCAUGGCGGUGGCACGGAAAAUCAAAACUUUGUUGACGGUGAACAUCUUGGUCUUCGUGGGCAUCAUCCUCUUCUCCGUGUACUGCAGGAUCCAGGACCGCUCCCAGGAGCUGGUGCAGAUCGUCCGGAGCGCGGACCGCCGGGCCAGGAGCCGCGGCGCCAAGGUGGGCAGCCUGGCCGACAGGGAGUCCAUCCUGCAGCGCCUGGACCACCUGGAGGAAGUGGUCUACAACCAGCUCAAUGGUCUGGCAAAGCCCAUGGGAUUAGUUGAAGGUCCAGGAGGCUUGGGCCAGGGGGGAAUGGCUGCUACCCUGAGAGAUGAUAGCCAUGAAUCAGAGACUAAGUAUGAAGAAUAUGGUUACAAUGCCCAGCUCAGUGACAGGAUAUCACUGGACAGGUCCAUCCCUGACUACAGACCUAAAAAGUGCAAGCAGAUGACCUACCCAGAGGACCUGCCCCAGAUCUCAGUGGUGUUUAUCUUUGUGAACGAGGCUCUCUCUGUCAUCCUGCGCUCGGUGCACAGCGUGGUGAACCACACCCCCUCCCACCUGCUCAAGGAGAUCAUCCUGGUGGAUGACAACAGUGACAAUGUUGAGCUGAAGUUUAACCUGGACCAGUAUGUCCACAAGAGGUACCCGGGCCUGGUGAAGAUCGUGCGCAACAACAAACGGGAGGGGCUGAUCCGAGCCAGGAUCCAGGGCUGGAAAGCAGCAACAUCCCCUGUGGUGGGGUUCUUUGAUGCCCACGUGGAGUUCAACAUUGGCUGGGCGGAGCCGGCGCUGACGCGGAUCAAGGAGGAUCGCAAGCGGAUCAUCCUGCCCGCCAUCGACAACAUCAAGUACAACACCUUCGAGGUGCAGCAGUACGCCAACGCCGCCCACGGCUACAACUGGGGGCUCUGGUGCAUGUACAUCAUCCCUCCACAGGACUGGCUCGAUAAAGGGGAUGAGUCAGCUCCCAUCAGGACACCAGCCAUGAUUGGAUGCUCCUUUGUGGUGGACAGAGAGUAUUUUGGUGAGAUUGGCCUGCUGGACCCUGGCAUGGAGGUCUAUGGAGGAGAAAACAUCGAGUUAGGCAUGAGAGUGUGGCAGUGCGGGGGCAGCAUGGAGGUGCUGCCCUGCUCCCGCGUGGCGCACAUCGAGCGCACCAAGAAGCCCUACAACAACGACAUCGACUACUACGCAAAGCGCAACGCCCUGCGCGCCGCCGAGGUCUGGAUGGACGACUUCAAGUCCCACGUCUACAUGGCCUGGAACAUCCCCAUGGCAAACCCCGGAGUUGACUUUGGAGACGUUUCUGAACGAAUUGCUCUGCGACAGCGACUGCAGUGCCGGAGCUUUAAGUGGUACUUGGAGAACGUGUACCCUGAGAUGAGGGUUUACAAUAACACAGUCACUUAUGGAGAGGUGAGGAACAGCAAAGCCAGCGGCUACUGCCUGGACCAGGGGGCUGAAGAGGAUGACAAAGCCAUCCUUUAUCCCUGCCAUGGAAUGUCCUCCCAGCUUGUCCGCUACAGCUCGGAAGGUGUCCUGCAGCUGGGGCCACUGGGCUCCACCGCCUUCCUGCCCGACUCCAAAUGCCUGGUGGACGAUGGCAAGGGCAGGACACCCACCCUCAAGAAGUGUGAAGAUGUCCUGAGGCCAGCACAGAGGUUCUGGGAUUUCACACAGAAUGGUCCAAUCAUCAGCAGAGACACAGGCCGUUGUCUAGAAGUGGAAAUGUCAAAGGAUGCAAAUUUUGGGCUCAGAUUAGUGGUACAAAGGUGCUCGGGGCAGAAAUGGAUGAUUAGAAACUGGAUCAAGCAUGGUCGGCACUGACUGUGGGGCUGAGCUGCCUCUCCUGCUGCUGUCCAUUGCUCAGUGUGCCAUAUCUCCUGAGGCAUUUGUCUUAAAACAAAUUAGUUUGAACAGGUCUUGGCUCUCAAGGGUCCUCCAUCGUUGGGCAUUCCAAGGAAAGAAAGAAGAAAAAGGAAAGCAGACACACAAAUGCUCUGAUUGACUUUUCCUUGCUCCAGCAGAUGAUGUGGGAACCUUAACAAGAGUUUUCUGUUGAUUUGGAAAUCUUGUGAAGACCAGAACACAACAGGAAAGUGGAUUCCUUAAGCUCUCCUAGGGGAAUUGACAGAUCUUUCCAUGCUGAGUUGAAAGGAGACGUCCCAAUACUGCCUCAUAAAGAGAGUUCUCUGAUGGGUAGCUUUUUAGCUUUAAGUUUUGGACUGGUGCACAACUCCUACGGUGAAUAAUUAUGUGCCUUUUUUAUUGUACUUCGUAUAAAAGAGGACUGGAAAAAUCCCACCUUUUCAGCAUGUCUGGUUCGUUGUACUAAACAAGAAGAUCUGUAAAUAACAUUGGAAAUAUAUUAUAAUAUAUGAUACAUUUCAAGGUUGAUUGUUUAGGAGUCUCUGUUUCUAGAAAGAGACUGUUCUGCAAAUGUUUACAGGUGGUUCUCAACCUUUGAGCUGCUGGAGGGCAGCAUUUUAGAGACCUCUUCUAGUUAGACACAGAUAAAUGUUGAAUAGGUAAAAUAGCCACAUGCUCUGUUAUAUUGCCACAUUUUACAUUUGUUGGCUGUAGAGACUUCACAAUUUAGCACUUGGAUAUUUGGCUCUUCUGAGGCAGUAAAUGUCCUGGUGGAUGGAUGGAUUUCAGGAGGCCUCAGCUGGCCCCAAAGCCCUGAGUGUGUGUCCUGUCCUGCAGGUCACUGUUGUGUGAGACUGCCUGGAACAAGAAUACUCCAAAUCCUCCUUAUUCUGGAAAUAAGUUAACUGGCUUAGGUGCCAUCUGUGGAGCUUAAAAACUUGGAUCUUCCAUUUUGUUUCCCAUCCUGUGAAAAUGUUAAAUGUGAGCAAAUAUGCUGUGUGAGCACUGUCUAGACAAGUUUCCUGAAUAAACCAACAAAGUCUUUUCAGCAUUUGAAAAACAAACACAAGCCUGGUGAUAAGAAGGCAGAUUAGAACAAGAGGUAGGGAGCAUAUAUAAAUACUGUUACUCUGAAAUAUAAAUAUUUUACUGUAGCUGACCCAUUGGCAGCAUCUUUGUAAACCUGAAUUUAAUAAUGUAUCCAGUGGUUCAUGCAGGGUCAGUGGAUAUGGACAGAGCAGUGACAAGGUCUCAUCCAAAAGGCUGCCAAAAUUGAUGAGCAUUGUCAUCAGCAGGUUUUGGGUGUGGGUCUGUGUCACACAGCUUUUCUGUACAGAUGAUUUCAGUCAUACUGAAGGAGAGACAGAGAUGGUAUUUGUUAAUUUCACAGUUUAAUAUUUUAUAGUUUAAAAAAAAAAUGUUUUGUUUUACUGAGCCAGGAAAAUAGCUAAUUGCAGUCACUGUGGUACCAUGAAUCUUGGUGAUCUGUUCCUUGAAUAACUUUUGCCAUUCCUAUUUCAAGGCAUGCUGAACAAAAUUUAAUGGAAACAAAGUUAAUUUUUCAAGGGCAUGAUAUGUAAUAAAAUUUUUAUUUUUAACAUGCAAAAUCCAUCAGGUCUUGUCAAAUCUUGCUUAGUCUCUAGAAAGCAUAUCACUAUGUUUUGGUCCAAUUUUAUUCUUGAAAUACAGUGUGCAAGAUGCAAUACAAAGCCAAUUCUCCUGGAGUUUACUUGUGGCUAAUUGCUGAUCUUUAUUCAUGUCUCAUGGACCAGGAUACACAUGAACAUAUGCAAAAGAAUAAUUCUGGGUGAGAUUCUAGAUACAAAAAUACUUAAAAUUCUGUGUUUGUGGUAAGUUGCACACAACCUUUUGAACAGUGUAAUAAGACCUGCAGGGAGAGUGGCAUCUUUAAUAAAUCAAGCAAUACUGUAUAAAAUCACGGACAAUCUCAGUAUUCAAGCCUUCCUGCAGGUCCAAAACAGGUAGGAAACUUCAGGCUAAAUACAGAUUGGGAACAGCUGCCCUGCAUUUAACCUCCUUAUGAUAAGCUAUCAGACAAUUUAAAAUUAUAUUUACCAUCUAUGCAGCAGAUGUUGAAGGCUUUGUACAGGAGUGAGUUUGUAAGUGAGUUUUCAUCUUCUCUCCAAAUACAAUUUCCACCUUUUAAAGUGUAUGAAAGCUUUAUUCUCCUUUUGUUUGCUCUGAUGGAGUUUUACUCCUUGAGGGAGGUGAGAAAGCAAAAGAAGGAAAAGAUGGUUUCACCAGGUGAGAUUUUGGGGGAGUAACAGGUCAUUCACACCCAUUUUUAGUCUUUCUAGUGAGUAAGUGCUAACUGUUUUAUAUGAACAUGGCAGGAAGUAGAAAUUAAUUAUAUAUCAGUGUGGCCUAUUAGAGUAUGAAGUUACAGUACUGAACAGAAGCAAACAUGCCCUGUGCUUCCUUUUUCUCUUUUAUUUUUCCUUGUCUUGAAUUAAGAAUCCACACUUGAUCCUUGGUUAGCAGUAGGGCAGCAAGCCUUUCAAACCCUGGGUAAAUGAAAAAGGAGAGCUGAAUAUUUAGAGGAAUUUAGAGUUUCAAUCUACUCUCCUGAAAGGAGUCUUGCAUGGGCAGUUUAGGAGCUUUGAAGCUGAAUGGAGCAGAUAGAUCUGUGUUUACUGGCAGAGAUUUCAGGGAGAUUUCAAACCUUCAUCUGACACCACCAUGAUCAGAGAGAAUUGGGUGUCUUGGAAUUUUGCCCCUCAGGGCAUUUGACUGUGGCCACACUGUCUGAGAGUGGUCAGUCCUGGCAGGUUUGGGUGCCAAGGCCACCAGCUGCAGGAGGCUUGCAAGAAUCAGACUUAGGGUACAAGAAGGAAAACAGGUUUUUGUGGUACAUAAAUGGCUUUGAGAUUUACAUAUUAACAUAAAAGAAAUCAAAUAACUCUUAAAAGGUGGAGUUGAUAUUUUAUGUGAUUGUCCUUUUUUUAAGACUUGCUGGAACAAUUUCUUAUAUUUGCAAAACACAUCUGUUGGAUUAAUUUUACUUUAUUCUUUAUCUGUAUGAACCACUGCUUUGGCUGUGGUGCUAACAUGGUGACUCUGCAUGUGAGAGGGUCUUAAAUAUUCUCUCGUCAAAGGAAUAAUAAUAAAAAAAGCCUUGAGUAUUAUCUGUUUUAACCAAA